AUGAAUCAACACAAGUUAGCCAAACUUCAGGCUCAGCAUGUUACCACCAAGGUGAACAAGAUUAAAGAUGAUGGGACAGUUAUCCAUUUCAAUAAUCCCAAAGGCCAAAAUUCCCUCUCAGCUAACAUCAUUGCAAUUACUGGUCAUCCAGAAGCCAAGCCAAUCACAGAAAUGCUUCCUGGAAUAUUAUGUCAGCUUGGUGCUGACAGCUUAAAAAGCCGUAGGAAGUUAGCUGAAGAGUUCCCCGGGCAAGUAUUGGACAGCAAAGAACCAAAACCAGAAGACAUUGAUGAGGAAGAUGAUGAUGUUCCAGAUUUUGUAGAAAAUCUUGAUGAAGCAUCAAAGAAUGAAGCUAACUAA